AUGGUUUCAUUGAAAAAAGUAUCUAACGUAAAUAAAACUAUUUUUACAAUUGAUCAUAUACUUAAUGUUGCCGGUGAAAAAUCAAAAAAAAAUUUUUUUAACGGUGAAAUGAAAAAAAACGAAUUCGAAUGGCUUAAUUGUACUCGUUAUAAACCGCCAAAAUUACCUAGACAAAGAAAAAAAGAUGGUAAUCAAAAAAGAAAAUUGGGACGAAAUCCAAGAAUACCAUUUUCUAGCUCACAAGUAGCUUUUUUAGAAGCAACUUUUCUACGGACGCCAUAUUUAGGAAGUGAUACCGUUAAACAUGUGGCAUCUUAUUUAAAAUUAACAGAAAUGAGGGAUCAACCGGAAACUUUACUUUUAAUAUAA